AUGCAAGCCACUAGGAGGCUGGACACGCUCCUAAGGGAAUACGUGGCAAUCAAGUUUGACGUCAUAGUUCCUGAAAGCUCGUGGGAUUCAGUCUUGGACAAGCUCAAUGAAGCCGAAAGCGGGCUGAAAAGGAAAGAUAAUGACGUCAAGCAGCUCUUCAAGAAAGUAUUGGUGAAGCUGGGCGACAACGCCACUGAGAUUCAGCCAUUUGUCGACCUCAUUCCCAACGAAUAUGGACUGAGUGUUGUCAAAGCUGGCAUAGCCCUGGUGCUUGAAUACGCUUCAAAGGAGAGCGAUAAAAAAGAAAAGAUCUAUGAUGCUUUUGCAGAGGUUCGCGACACUGUUGCAGAUGCACGGUCCUUCGGGCAGAGCUUUCAGGCGAAUACCGACGUCAGCAGUCGGCAAUUGAAGGAGCAAAAAAAGAGAGAAGAAGAGAAGCACGAUGAGGCCAUGCGGCGAGUGGGAGAAUUCAUUAUGGGAAACCGCUUGGAUGCAAAUAAUGGCUUGGUGAUGGUGCUCAAUGAGAGAUGUGCUGCCGUGUUAGCCACCGUAGAGAGGCUCGAAAAUCAACUCAAGUUUCGAUCAAACGGCUCUCCACCCAUGGCGGUGUCUCCUGGUCGGCUGCUCGAAAAGUUUGUGUCAGCGGUUGCUAACGGCGCCCAGACGACCGGUGUAGAUGAUUUGAUUCUGCACCCUAACAACGACCUGAAGUCUAUCAUCGCACGCAAAGGUCAUUUUGAUGUUGGGAUGCAAGCCCAGGCACAGUCACUAUUGAAGAACCCAAGGUUUUCUGAGUGGAUGAGGUGUUCGCAUUCUGACCUGCUGCUCGUGGAUGGCAACAGCAAUUUUCCUGCAUCUGGAAACUUCUCUGCACUCUCGCUUCUCUGCGCUACACUGGUCGCAAACAUGACCGUAACGUACUCAGAUGACCUAGUGAUCAGCUUCUUCUGCGGCUUUCACAGUGCCUGCCUCGACCCCUGGUUCGGGCCCAUCGGGCUGGUGCGCUCACUCAUAUUGCAGGUCCUACUGUUCUUGGAGCAGGAAGAGAAGAGGGUGGGCUACGACAUUAGGAUCGAGAAACCAGACGCGUACCUCGACAGUUUUCUGUCGAGUCGACCGGAGACGGUUGCCGAGGUCUUACAUUGCCUUCUCCAACACAUCCCGCAGGCAGACCUGACGUUCUAUUGCAUCAUCGACUGCGUAUCGUGUUUCGACAAGGACCUUCACGGACAGUACAACAAUAUGAAAGUUGUUGUGAGCUGGCUGCAAUACAUGGCUGGGGAAGACGACAGCAUGCACGUCCAUUUCAAAGUCCUACUUACAAAUCCCGGGAGAAGCACUGGAAGAAUCAGCAGCUUGGUUGAUACGACGCAGCACAUCACUUUGACAUCGAACCCCUCCAGCAUUCAGACAAUCUCAGAUCGAUCAGUGGCAGCUCAUAUUUUGUCUUUUUCUGCUGCAGGUUCGAACCAAAAGCGUUUUGAAGACGAAUGGGAUUGA